AAUUGAUUCUAUUCAAUUAGCUUUAGUCCAAAGCUGUAAGGAGUUAAAGUUAAACAUAAUACCAGUUUAUUAGAUAAGCUAUUGCAUCGUAUUCAAUUCAGUUUACAAGACGUCAGCCACGAGUCCUGUUCUAAAUAGAUCGUUGCAGCACGCAUGCAAGCACAUACAAAGUAGUUUAAAACAUUUAGUGUCUACUGAAAAAAAAAAAUUCUCUCACUAUAUAUUGAAAAAAACGAAUCGAAUUCAAACAUUUUAUUUUACCACCAUGGCUGCUGACACAUUGAUUGGAGUGCUCAUUUUAGGCGCACUCUUGUUGAAUGCGUUAGGUGGUCGAAAAGGACAUGGCUAUAGGAAUGAAAAUAGAAAGUGCAAAGAUGAUUGUAAACAAGGCGAAUUUUAUAACAUUGAUCUGUGCACCUGGUGCCAGUGUUGGUCAAAAUCACUAAAUUCCGCUCAAUGCACAAUAGAAGAUUGUGGGACUCUGACGUGUGAACAAGAAGGUACAGAAAUUUACCAGCCAUCGCAUAAGUGUUGUCCGGAAUGUGUACCGGUAUCCAUGGGAUUAAGUCUUCAAAAUCUGAGCCGAAAUGGAAUAAUGAAAUAAAGUAACAGAAAAACAAACAACAUAA